GGAGGGUCCUGUCGCCGUGCGGUUCUUUCCGCCUUUGGCGGCAGAGUAGUGCGGGUUGUCUCCCGGGCCCCUUGGCAUGGCGACGGGCGGGGAAGGCCGCGUCCAAUCGCCCUUGGCCAGCCCGCUCUCGGAGCCGGAGGGCCAUCCCAGCCCGGGUCCCCCGCCUCUGGCGCCGCUGCCCCGCCUGGAGAAGCCGCUGCGGCAGGCCUUCUACAACACGGGGGCGCUGGUGCUGGCGGGGUUGUGCUGCGGUGCCGCCGUGCUGGUCUACUUCAUCCUGGAGGCUUUCCUGCGCCCGCUGCUGUGGGCCGUGCUCUGCGGCACCUUCCUGCACCCCUUCAAGAGCUCGCUGACGGGCCUGGGCCGCGGGUGGCUGCGCCGCCUCCGCCGCGCCGGCGCCCCGCCGCUGCUCCUGGCCGCCCUCCUCCUCCCGCUCAGUUGCUUCAAUACCGCCGCCGAGGCCCUGGGCCGGCAGGCGCUGCGCCGGCGGAGGGCCCUGCUGCUGCUGAGCGCCGGCGGGCCCGCCCUCUACGCCCUCGCCGCCUUCGGCGCCUCCCUCGCCGCCCGUGCCGCUCUCGCCCAGGCCUCCCGCCUCAUCGGACGCGGCCUCGAGUGCUUCAGCAGCCCCUGGAUAUGGACCUUGAUAGUAGGCUAUCUAUUGAUUGUGUUAUUCAAGUGGAAUCCAAGCACUGAACGUUACUUAAGAAUAAUUUCUGUUCCUGUCUGGAUUAUACUGCUCUUCCAUUUGGCUUCUGCAGCCGGUUCUUGGAGGAUUCCAGUGUUUUUGGUUAUUGUUAUCUUAAUGACUGUGGGAAUGUUGCAUGAACAACCAACUGGGAAUGAGUCUUCAGGGUCAGAUCUUCCUUGUCAGAUGAUUUCAAUUGCUGCAUCCACAAUUGCCAUGGCAAUAUCAUUUACAGGGGAUGAAUCAUCUAAAGAAGAACGUCCAGCAAAACCCUCAGGAUCUACAGAAAGUGAUCAUACAUCUUCACCUGCUUCAUCCACUGUGCGUGGCAGACAGAAACCUGACUUUGGAGCUCUUCUUAAAAAGAAGAAAACCAGUGACAUCUACUUUAUUCUGCUCACCUGGGCUGUUGUAGUAGUGCAGUUUUGGCUGAAUCUUUGGAUAAUUCAGUUGCUGCCAAUACCAUUUGCAGUGUGGAUCAUCAAAAAACUUGUGAUUCACUUUGGAGUUGUGCAGUUCUUGGUGAGCCACUGCAGCAGUUGGUGGCAUGUCAUGGAAAACUUUGUAAGAGAGCGUCAGGAAGCUCUUGCACCGUGGCCUAUCACAGGGCUUGGAAGAGUCAUUCUAAAAUUAGACAGUAAGCUGUGCCAUUGGCUUAAUAAGAAGAUGAUCGUGUGGUUGGAGAAAAUGCUAGAUAAAAUCAUUAGUAUAUUCAUCAUAUUUAUACUAGUAAUAGGCACCCUCCUGUUGGCCCUGCUUCUUACAGCAAAGGUACACCAAGAAAGUGUACAUAUAAUUGAAGUCACAAGCAGCUUGAUAAAUGAAACAGUAGCCAAUCAUCCGGAAUGGGCCAGCUGGCUUCCUGAAGCUGAAGUUAUUCAAAAGGCUCUGAAUUCUGCUGCCAGUAAUGUGUAUCAAUAUGGUCGAGAAUGGAUAACACAUAAGCUGCAUAAAAUAUUAGGAGAAAAGGCGAACAACACUGCUGUGAUUGAAAAGCAAGUGCUGGAGCUGUGGGACAGACUAUAUCACACAUGGUUUGUGAAAAAUGUAUCUCACACAGGGAGACACAAAGGACAUAAGCACCAUUUACAGCGUCAGAACAGCUGGCCAGGUGAAAUGCUUGAUUGGCAAGAUGUUGCUUCCUUUAUCCAUGAGAAUAUAGAAACAUUUCUUUCGAUUUUAGAAUCUCUCUGGAUAUUGAUGAGUCACAAUGUAAACCUCCUCUUCAGCACGGUUACAACCUUAGUAACUGUCCUCUUCUACAGUGGCACCGCUCUCCUCAAUUUUGUACUCUCUCUGGUGAUUUUUUUGACCACGUUAUUUUACCUUUUAAGUUCUAGUGAUGAAUACUACAAGCCAGUGAAGUGGGUCCUCAACUUGACACCUCUAUCGCAGCCUGGCUCUUCCUCAAAUAUAGUCGGCCAGUCUGUGGAGGAGGCCAUAAGAGGUGUAUUUGAUGCAUCCCUCAAAAUGGCUGGAUUCUAUGGGCUGUACACCUGGCUAACCCAUACUGUUUUUGGCAUAAACAUUGUCUUCAUACCCUCAGCACUAGCUGCACUACUUGGAGUUGUUCCAUUUCUGGGGACAUAUUGGGCAGCGAUACCUGCAGUUCUAGACCUUUGGCUUGUUCAAGGAGAGGGAUAUAAAGCCGUCCUACUCUUGGUUUGCCAUCUGUUGCCAACGUAUUUUGUAGACACAGCAAUCUAUUCUGAUAUAUCUGGAGGAGGACAUCCAUACCUGACAGGCCUUGCAGUAGCUGGUGGAGCUUAUUACCUUGGACUAGAAGGAGCCAUCAUAGGACCCAUACUCCUGUGUAUACUUGUGGUAGCCUCUAAUAUCUACAGUGCUAUGCUUUUGAGUCCAACAUCCUCAUUGCCCACACCAUCACAAAUACCUUGGCCUUUACAGAUAUAUCGACAAUCUAAAGAAAGUCCUGAGGAACUGAAAACUGCCACAGAGUGAAACAAUUCGUAUUUGGAUGUCUCCUACUGGAAUAACUCUUGUUCCUUCUCUGGUCAUGAAGCUCAAGAGAGCAGUGACCCUUGAAUCUUUCUCCAGCUGUGCCUAGUGACAACCUUCACGAAUGAAGCCUCAUGUAUGAGCAUCACUGCUGAUGCUGUAGAUCACUCCAUAUGCUGCCUUUGCAAGUGAAAAUGUUUAAUGCCUGUUGUUUGCUUAUUGCACAAACCUCAAAUAUUGAGUGGAUGGUUGCAACAUCUUGUCUUCCCCCCAAAACUCCCUGAGUCAUAUUUUGGUCAUUUGUAGCUAGGCUUUCAUCUAUUGACAUUUUUAAUUUUGUACUUAUAUUUUUUGAUAAUAUACAUAUUGAAAUUUUAAAAUUUAGAGCACUUUUGUUCUUAAAAUAUCCAGUUUAACCCUGUUCAGGUGCUGUUGGUAUAAGAAAUAUAAACACUGGGUUCUCCAUUAGGCGCAUUACAUUCUCCCUGUGUUUAUUUAUCCUGUGUUAAUGACAGUUGAAUAUGACUCUACAAAUAUGAAUAUCUCAAGGAUAUUCAUAUUUGUAGAGGUGUUAAGUACUUGGUAAAAGCCGAGCAUGGUUAUGAUCACCUUUUGACACUAUCGUGAUGUCAGUAACAUUGCUGUUGUCAGGAUGCUAUAUCACUAGUGGCUUUGUAACAGAAGUGUGUAAUUAUUUUCUGCUAGGCUUGAAAAAGAUAUUCUUUUAUAGCAGGUAUAUGACUAACUUUUGUUUUCAACGGUUUUCAGAGUGAUAGGUGUCCCAAAGUGACAAUAAGUUUCUUAAAAUUAUUUGUGCAGAUUUUUCAAAUGCUUCAAUAUUUUCCAGAAAAUAUAGCACUAUAGUGCAUGACUUGGCAGGUGGACUGUUUAGGGAUUUUAAGACUGACAUAUAUUAAAAUAUCAGCUUAUUAGUAUCUCCUUUUGCUAUGAAGCUUCAAAAAUCUUUGGCACAUGAUAAAGUGUAGUAACUUCUCUUAUAAUUGCCUCAAUGGAAUAGAACUUAAAUAAAUUAUUCAAAAUGUUAAUGAUAAAACAUUGAUCAAUAAGUUAAAAUAAACAGUUGCAUUAAAUAAUUAUCAUUAAAAGUAAUUAAAGAACUAUCUGAGGUAAAGUUUCAUAUCAGUUCCCUUUCGCCUUCUCUCAGGCUUCUCCUAUUGGCCUUUUCAGCUGCAGCAUCACAUUGUUGGCUCAUGUUCAGCUUAUGGUCAACUAAGACUCCUUUCAUAGAAUCCUAGAGUUGGAAGGGACCUCUAAAGGCCACCCCCUUCACUCUGCCUUCACACAGGGAAAGCACAAUCAAAGCUCCCCUGCCAGAUGGCUAUCUAACCUCAA